AUGGAGCUUCAGUUCCUCCUCGACGACGGCGCGGAAGAACUCGCACAGUCUCCCUCGCCCCAUGGACGCAAGCGCAAGGCGUCCAUCGUCCUCUCUUCCUCUUCCUGCAGAACCCGCCUGCACCAACCCAGAACGAACGCCGACGCGGAUCCCAGUUCAGAGGCCUCCUCUACAGUCUCUCUGGCUCUAGCGCCUCAAGCGCCCCGCGCCCUGCGUGAUUCAAGCGUGUGGCGCAACACGCCUGCGGGCAAGGCGCACGCUGAGAGCUACCGGAAAGUCGAAAAGCUCGUCAACAACUCCAAGGCUGGAGAUGAUGAGGGGCCCGCCACCGGUGGGACACGUGCAAACGAUGGCGCCGCCUCGACUUCGAACUCUAGAGCGAGAGCAAUGACAGCAACAGCCCCAGACCUCCUCACCGUGCCCGAGAUAACUAUCAACUCUGAACGCGACUACCUUGUCGGACUCGGACGCCCUCUGUGGCCUCUCACCAGAUCCGCCGGCGACGUCAAGGACGAUGCUGAGUUCGACGAGACUUUCGAAGAGGACUCCGAGACAGACAAGACUCUCGAAGAGGGAUCUUACCUCAAUGAGACUUUCGAUGAGGACGAGGUCAACGAAACCUACGAUGAGGAAGUCGAGUUCAGCGAGGCAGUCGAAGAGGCUUCCCAAUCCGACGAAGACGACUUUGGGCUCAAUGGAGACGGCACCGCGACCAACGAGGAGGGACCCGAGUUCGAAGACACCUUCGCGACCAGCGAAGAAGACUUCGAGUCCGACGCAGAGGGCUCCGACGACAUCACGAGUCUGCACGCCAAGAUCGAGACGCUUUGGACACGGCUUCGGGCAGCCAAAGCCGAAGCCAGGACGUUCGAAAUGACGAAUGCGGACCUCACGACGAGGACGCUGCGGGCUGAGCGCAGGGCUGAGGAGGCGGAGGAGCGCGCAGCAGCGUUGCAACAGCACUGCGAAGAACUUGCAACCGAGGUCCGAAUUCUGAACGGGGAAGUGGCAGCCUCCGCAGCUGAUGUUGGCGCCGAGCGAAGCGCGAAGGCGGCGAGGGUCCGGUUUGCUAAGAACCUGCAUGUUCGAAUGAUUCACUCUCGGGCUGAGUGCGACAAGCCUGAAGUCCCCCAACAGGCGCUUCCGUUCGUUAGUUACAUGCCCCCUGAGAUCCCCACGAAGUCGCCUUGA